CAUAAUUCAACUUGAUUAUUUCUCCUUUAAUUCUCUGGGCAUCCCAUCUUUCCUCUUGCAUUGCAUUGCCAUCGCCCCAUUUGCCCGAACACCACUCCUCCUCAAUCUGAAACAUAGCGAACAUACGCCCUGGCUUUUCAGAAAAUAAUUAUGUCUAAACCAGAGGAUACCUCUUCACUUAUACCCAAAGUGUCAAGUUCAACUCCUUUGUCACAACAAACCUCGCCACAGCCGUUGAGUGCUUCAGUUUCACUUCAAACCUCUAGUUCACCAGGGGUUAGGACAAGAAGAAUUCCUCACACCGAUAAACAGCGUGGUGGUCUACAACCUUCUCAAAGCGACACAACCCAAAGUAUGUUGCAAAAAUAUGCCAGUCAAGAAAAGGAGAAGGACGCCGAAGCUGCUACAGCGGUCAUCAAUGAGGAUGACUUGUCUCCAGCUACCAAAGAAAAAUUACAAACUCUGGAGCGAGAGCUGAAUGCCUAUAAAUCAUAUGCAGGUUUCAUGGGCUCACCUCCAUUGAAACGAACCGAUAAGUUAAAUAAUCGUAACUCAACUGGCGAUCCUUUACCUACUCCAACUUCAUCCACCAUACUUCCUCCACCAUCGACUUCAUCCUUGCUACCUCCUCCUCCUCAAAGCACCACUCCAACCAAACGGCGCUCAAAGGUACCGAAUACCGACAGACGCAAUAAUGAUAUCGAAUUUGCAACGGAAAUCGGCCAAGGCCUGCUGUUGGAGGUUAGGAAAAUGCAAUCUUUACUGCAGGAGAAGGAGGAGCAACUUCGCCGACUAGAAACAGAUAAAGCAGAAAGUGAAAGGUUAGCUGAAGUACUUGCUAAGCAGCUUAAGCAAAGCCAAGAAAGUGAAGAACAUCUGAAAGAGGAUGCUUGGAAUUUGGAACUCGCAAAACAAGAGCUUGGAAAUUCUAUGGCUGAACUUCAACACUCAUUAAGCAAGUCAGUCACCGAUCAAAACAAGAUGUCGAAGCAGCUUACUAGCCUGACUCAGGAAGUGGAGGUGUUGCGUAGUACAGAAGAAAAACUAACGUCACAAGUCGAAACCAUGAAAACUCGCCAUGAACAAGAUAUGAAUACCAUGCGCAAACAUUCCAGUACUCUACAGCGUGAAAAAAAUGAAGUCGCCAAGCAAUUGGAAACUACCGCCGCAGAAUUGAUAGCGGUUCGCAGUCUUAGCAAGUCCAACAGAAAAAGUAUCACAGAUGCUGAUCUCGCUGGAAAUGGUGAUAAUGCAAAUACGAAUGGUUCUGACGACGAGGCGAAUGGAAAGCAACAUGGUCACUCACCAAAUGCUUCACCGCCGCCUUCACCAACACAUGCUCCCCGCAAUACUGCUCUUGAAUUGGAAACCCUCAAGACGUCGCUCUCACACGCGCAUCGCAUGAUUUCCAAUUUGAGAUCAUCUCUCCAUAAAGAGAAACAGGAUCGCUUUGAACUAAAGAAACAUUUGGCUGACUCUCAAGAGACCAUUGAGCAAUUGAGAAACGGAUCCCACAUGUGGGCCGAUGUUGGUGCAGACCGUGCUAGUGGAUCCGGUUAUGGCACAGGUGAAGGUGCUGCUGGUAGUCUCUCUGCCUCUGGUCGCCGACUCAAGAAAGCCGGAAACAAGAAGCGUGCUCCUGCUCGACGCGCCAAAGGCCUCACCCCUCGACGACCUAGCGAUGAUGAAGAGUAUGAGGAUAUCGACGAACUUGAAAUUCUCAAUAGCGAUAAUUCCGAAGACGAUUAUGACGACCACCCUGAUGACCUUCAUAGACGUUUCGAUUCAUCUGGAGGUUUAAGUGAGACGAGCGAUUCGGACAGCAUUCAUACUCUGGAUGCCAAAGCCUCUCUCGGUUUGGCUCAAGCCAAUUUUGUUCCCUUGUCAUCCGAACUUUCUGGCAGCAAGAACUACAAUCCAGGUGUUGAUAUGGGAGUGAAUACAGACCCGGUUGUCUUUGUUAGCGAAUCUAUUCCUGCUGAGCAACCCCAAGUGAUCCACGUUGAUACAGGGGUCAAUACAGAUGUAAUUGAUACUCCAUCUGCAUUCAAUGGACUGUCUGCUGUUGCCGGAUUGGCUGCUGGUGGUUUGGCUGCUCAUGAGCUCACUAAGCGUGAUGGAGCGUAUGCUGCUGCAACUAGUCCAACACAACUCACUAAGCGUGAUGGAGCGUAUGCUGCUGCAACUAGUCCAACACAAGCUUCCGAGCCUGAGAUAACGGAUAAGUCCAUCGUUUCACCUAUUGAGCAGAAAAAGCAAAAUGCAGUUGUAGAACAGGUUACUGCUCAAGAGCUCAACGACAAAGUCAGUACAGAUUCCAGCCUUCCUAUUACUGAAGAUGCUACUCCCGUACCCGUUGAUACUGCCCAUAAGACAGAGCAAAGCGAGGAACCCGAAAAUGCCCAAAUGAUCGACCGUACAAUGGAAGCUCAAUCGACCUUGCCAGGUGAAGUAGAAUUAAACGACAAGGCAGUUGCCCAACCGGAAGUGGCUCAGUCAGUUGUUUCUACUCUUGCUAUCCCUGAGGUAGCGAACAACACUUCUGUAACAUCAGAUGAGCACGAGGGUGCGAAUGAUGUAAUGGACACCAGCGCAGCCGAAGUACCUGAAGGUCAUGCCCCUACUUCAACACCCACGCUUGCCCAAACGGAUAAUGUUGCUACCGUCCAAGCGGUUGAGAGUAAGCCUAUUCUUGUUGAUGCUGCCACUCAAACUGCGCCAGAUGAUACACCUUCUUCUGAACGUAACGUUGCAACGGCUUUGCCCAUUCUUGUAUCUGCUGAUCAAGAAACCGAAGGCAAGCCCAUACCCAUCGACCAUGCUGCCUCAUCUGAGAAAGCAGAUAUACCUUCUUCCGAUAUUUUGGCCACCACUGCUUUAGCUGCAGGUGUUGCUGCCGGUGCUUAUGCGUUAGCUGAUAACAAAUCAUCUCCUUUGCAUACUACCGCUGAUGAAGUGGUGUCAUCACAUCCAGUUGUUUCUCCACCAGUCAAUGGAUAUACGCCAUCGGGCGAUGCAGUUCCUGAUCAACAAUAUAAGGACUUCGCCGCGGUGAUGCCAAGUGCGGCUGAGCAGAUGGCUCCAGCUGUAGCUGAAGCCAACAUGAAGACUGGUGACAUGACAGAAGGUGGCGAAGAUGCUGACGUUUUUGGCGAAAAGUCCCAUGCUAGCAUACCUGCAGUAGUCGAUCAUGAUACUGCCACAAACACUGCCACCGGGGUUCCCGCCAAACAAGUGCAACAAGAAAAUAUGUCAUUGCCACAAGCCACUAGGGAUGUUCCAACUGCAAUUUCUAGUGAUGAACAGUCCAAUGGAUCAGCUCAAAAUACUUCAUCCAAGCUUGUGGAAGCAGCCGCUUUAACGGGUGGUAUUGUCGGUAUUGGUAUGGCGGCAGAAAAGCACUCCUUAUCCGCACACCCUACUGUGGCCCACCAGGAAGCCCCCAUUGAAGAUAUUAAAGCAUCACCCAGUGGAGAAGAAGCAAUGUCAUCGCUCCGGACCGCAGUGCCACAUGAAGAUCGUGCCCACGGACAUGCUACCAUUUUUAAUACUGCAUACCAACCCAGCAAGCUCACCCAAAAGAACUUGGCAGCGCUUUCUGCGUCUCCUGAUGGUAAUGAGAUUACAUUUGCUAACAAGCGCGAGUUUGAUAAUAUCAGUCGCAGUGAUCUAGGAUCUGGUUCUCGGCGUGCAUCAUCGUCUAUUUAUAAACCAAUUUCUGAAAAGGAAGGAUAUUCAUCGACCAUGGCGCCCAACAUUGUAUCCAAUAUCACUCAAACCAUGAUCGGUGGUUGGAUGUACAAGAACACUCGCAAGGCAGUGGGUAGUGGAUUUUCCGAUAACCGACAUCGUCGAUUCUUCUGGAUACACCCUUACUCUCGUACGUUGUACUGGAGUAUGAAGGAACCCGGUUCGAAUGGUGAAGCCAAGGCGAAGAGUGUCAACAUUGAGAGCAUCACCUCGGUCCCAGAACAUUCCAACAGUCCUCCCGGUCUACCCAAUGUCAGUCUUGUUGUCAAAACGUCGACUCGAGACAUCAAGUUCACGGCACCUGAUAUUGCUCAACAUGAAAUUUGGCUUCAAGCUAUCAACUAUUUGCUAGCUCGACCCACUGGUAACGUGCUUGGUAUGGCCCAGCCAAGACCAGAUCCACAGUCUAUGCGAAGCAAUCCAUCGAUUCUUUUGAGAAAACCAAGCUAUCAGCGCAUUCAAAGUGUGUUUAGUAGCUCAGCAAGCCAUGCUCCUUCCAGGGCCGACAGUGCCAGGUAUGCUGGUGAUGGUUUGAACGACGACGACCUUGAAGAUUUGGAGGAUGUCCGCAUGUGUUGCGAUGGAAAACAUCAUAUAUCCAAACUAGAAAAACAUCAACACCAUCAUCGCUCAUCUAAACAAUACCGUCCAGUAUCUGGAGCAAGUUUUGAUCAGCCUUUCGCCACGAGUAUCACCAGUGGAAACGGAUCUGUCAAUUGAACCGGCUUCUGAUAUUUCUAUUCAACUAGUGUUUCUUUUUUGUCAAUCUUUUUUGUUUUGCACAUAUCAUUCUUUCAUAUCUUUUCUUCCAAUGCAAUGGAGAGAUCCCACCUGGGGAGAAACUUUGUUUUACAACGGCAUAUUUUUGAAAAUUCGCAAGUAAUGGCUAUGCAUGUACGUGGCUGCUUGAUAUACUCCUUCCUUCCUUCCAUUCAUUCAUUCAUUCAAUUUUCUUUUUUCCUAAAAAAAAAUUAAAAUGUCCAAUUUAAAACAGUAGAAACAAAAACAAAAAGGAAA